AUGUACUGCUCUCAGGAUGAACAUGAUCCAUUUUCACUGGUUGCUGACGAACUGUCACUUCUUGGUAACAAGCUGCGAGCAAUGGUAGUUGCUGAGGUUCCUAAGCUUGCCUCAGCUGCUGAAUACUUCUUCAAAAUGGGAGUGGAAGGAAAAAGAUUCCGCCCUACAGUUUUAUUGUUAAUGUCAACAGCAUUAAAUCUACCGAUACAUGAAGCAUCUCCUCCAAUUGAGCUAGGAGGUGAUUUGACGACUGAUGUACGUUCGAGACAACAACGAAUAGCUGAAAUAACAGAGAUGAUUCAUGUGGCUAGCCUUCUUCACGAUGAUGUAUUGGAUGAUGCUGAUACCAGACGUGGUAUCGGUUCAUUGAAUUUUGUAAUGGGCAAUAAGUUGGCAGUAUUGGCUGGAGAUUUUCUGCUUUCUCGAGCUUGUGUUGCUCUGGCCUCUUUGAAAAACACAGAGGUUGUAUCUUUAUUGGCAAAAGUUGUAGAGCAUCUUGUAACUGGGGAGACCAUGCAAAUGACUACAACAUCUGAUCAACAGUGUCGCAUGGAAUAUUAUAUGCAAAAGACCUACUACAAGACUGCAUCUUUAAUAUCAAAUAGUUGCAAGGCAAUAGCCAUCCUUGCAGGGCAAACAACAGAAGUUGCAAUUCUUGCUUUUGAGUAUGGAAAAAAUCUGGGUUUGGCAUUUCAAUUGAUAGAUGAUGUGCUUGAUUUCACUGGCACCUCAGCUUCCCUUGGAAAGGGUUCUUUAUCAGACAUUCGACAUGGAAUUGUUACAGCUCCAAUAUUGUUUGCGAUAGAGGAGUUCCCUCAGUUGCGUGCAAUAGUUGAUGAGGGCUUCGAAAACCCAGCGAAUAUUGAGCUUGCUUUGGAGUAUCUAGGGAAGAGCCGAGGUAUACAGAGGACAAGGGAACUAGCCGUGGAGCAUGCUAACCUUGCAGCAGCAGCAAUUGAUUCCUUACCCGACAGUGACGACGAGGAUGUAAGAAAAUCAAGGAAAGCCCUAAUAGAUCUAACUCACAGAGUCAUUACACGAACAAAGUGA